GCGCUGAGGUCCCGGCCGGGCCAUGGGGCGGCCGCGGCUGCAGUUGCUGGCGUGAGAAGGGGCGACCCAGGCCGCCUGCAUGGACGUCUUCAGCUUUGUGAAGAUUGCCAAGCUUUCCAGCCACAGGACCAAGUCUUCAGGCUGGCCGCCUCCCUCAGGAACCUGGGGCUUGAACCAGGUGCCGCCCUAUGGAUGGGAAAUGAUGGCCAACAGAGAUGGCCGAGACUGCUUCAUCAAUCACAUGACACAGGCACUCCCAUUUGAUGACCCUCGGUUUGACAGCUGCCAAAUCAUACCUCCAGCUCCGAGGAAGGUGGAGAUGAGAAGGGACCCCGUGCUGGGCUUUGGUUUUGUGGCAGGAAGUGAAAAACCUGUGGUCGUCCGCUCAGUUACACCAGGGGGUCCCUCAGAAGGCAAGUUGAUCCCAGGAGAUCAGAUCGUGAUGAUCAAUGAUGAGCCAGUCAGCGCUGCACCAAGGGAACGGGUCAUCGACCUGGUCAGAAGCUGCAAAGAAUCGAUACUCCUCACUGUCAUUCAGCCUUACCCUUCUCCAAAAUCAGCAUUUAUUAGUGCUGCCAAGAAAGCAAGAUUAAAGUCCAAUCCAGUCAAAGUGCGCUUCUCUGAGGAGGUCAUCAUCAAUGGCCAAGUGUCGGAAACUGUUAAGGACAAUUCUCUUCUUUUUAUGCCAAAUGUUCUGAAAGUCUAUCUGGAAAAUGGACAGACCAAAUCAUUUCGCUUUGACUGCAGCACCUCCAUCAAGGAUGUCAUCUUAACCCUUCAAGAGAAGCUCUCCAUCAGAGGCAUUGAACAUUUCUCACUCAUGCUGGAGCAGAGGACAGAAGGCUCUGCAACCAAGCUGCUCUUACUUCAUGAACAGGAGACUCUUACUCAGGUGACACAGAGACCUAACUCCCAUAAGAUGCGCUGUCUUUUCCGAAUUAGCUUUGUCCCAAAGGAUCCAAUUGAUCUUUUAAGGCGAGACCCGGUGGCAUUUGAGUAUCUCUAUGUUCAGAGUUGCAACGAUGUGGUGCAGGAGAGAUUCGGACCCGAGCUAAAAUACGACGUGGCCCUGCGGCUGGCAGCCUUGCAAAUGUAUAUCGCCACCGUCACCACCAAGCAGACGCAGAAAAUCUCCCUCAAGUACAUUGAGAAAGAAUGGGGAUUAGAGACCUUUCUUCCCUCGGCUGUGCUGCAAAGCAUGAAAGAAAAGAACAUAAAGAAAGCACUUUCACACCUUGUCAAAGCAAAUCAAAACUUGGUACCACCCGGGAAAAAGCUUUCUGCGCUGCAAGCCAAGGUCCAUUAUCUCAAGUUCCUCAGUGACCUGCGAUUGUAUGGGGGUCGUGUGUUCAAGGCAACAUUAGUGCAGGCAGAAAAGCGCUCCGAAGUGACUCUCCUGGUUGGGCCCCGAUAUGGCAUAAGCCACGUCAUCAACACCAAAACCAACCUCGUGGCUCUGUUAGCCGAUUUCAGCCAUGUUAACCGAAUUGAGAUGUUUACUGAAGAAGAGAGCUUGGUGAGGGUGGAGCUCCAUGUCCUGGAUGUGAAGCCCAUCAUUCUCUUGAUGGAGUCUUCAGACGCCAUGAAUCUGGCCUGCCUCACUGCUGGAUACUACAGACUACUUGUGGAUUCCAGAAGGUCAAUAUUUAACAUGGCCAACAAGAAAAACACAGGGGCCCAAGAAACAGGAGCUGAAAGCAAAGGAAAACAUAACCUCGUGGGCACAGACUGGAACUGUAUACCCCAAAUGACCACCUUUAUUGGCGAGGGGGAACAAGAAGCCCAGAUCACAUACAUCGAUUCCAAACAGAAGGCAGUGGAGAUUGCUGACAGCCCUCUGUGUCCCAAAGAUCACCGGCACCUAUAUGUGGACAGCACCUACUGUCCAGAGGCCCUUGGCCAGCCACUGGCCCCAUCAGGGGAUGUUCCAUGCGAGGCUGACUAUAGAGGUCUAGCUCAGCGCUCACUUUUGACCUUCUCGGGCUCAGACACUAUAAAGAAAGCACAGGAGUCUCCGAGAGGAGCUAAAGUGUCCUUUAUUUUUGGGGAUCUGGCCUUGGAUGAGAGUCUUACGCCCCCAGCUCUAGGCUAUGAGCAACUCUUGGAGGAGUCCCCAGAGCUGCUGGAGAAGCAGAGAAACCUCUACAUCAGUAGUGCCAAUGACAUGAAAAACUUAGAUCUCGCUCCUGACCCGGACAGCAUCCAGUUUGUGGCAAAUUCUGUUUAUGCAAACAUCGGCGAUGUGAAGACCUUUGAGGCCGCCGGAGGCAUUGAGGAACCCCUCUUGCAUGACAUCUGCUACUCUGAAAACACCGACGAUGUGGAGGAUGAGGAUGAGGUGAGCUGUGAGGAGGACCUGGUGGUGGGAGAGAUGAGCCGGCCUGCCCUGCUCAACCUCCCUGGGUCAAGUGAUGACAUCAUCGACCUCACAUCGCUGCCCCCGCCAGAAGGUGAUGACAAUGAGGAUGACUUCCUGCUGCGCUCCUUGAACAUGGCCAUCGCUGCCCCGCCUCCUGGCUUCCGAGAUAGUUCUGAUGAGGAAGACUCACAGAGCCAGGCUGCUGCCCUCCAUGACGACAAGGAACCAGGCAGCAACCUGCAGAAGGACGAGAUCCCUGUGUCCCUCAUCGAUGCUGUGCCCACCAGCUCCGAGGGCAAGGGAGACAAGGGGCUGGAGAGCACCGUGGUUUCCACACUGGAUGCCCUGGGAGCACUGGCCAGCUCAGAAGAACAACAGACCAGGGACAAUUCAGGUGUGGCCAUCCUGCGGGCCUAUAGUCCUGAGUCUUCUUCAGACUCAGGCAAUGAAACUAACUCUUCUGAAAUGACGGAGAGUUCUGAACUGGCCACGGCCCAGAAGCAGUCCGAAAACCUCUCCCGCAUGUUUUUGGCCGCUCACGAAGGCUACCAGCCCCUUCCUGAAGAGCAGACAGAGUUCCCCACGUCCAAAGCCCCCCCUGGGAGCUUGCCUCCAAAGGCCAGCCGUGCAGCCACUGACCUCCCGCCCAAAGUUGUGCCUUCCAAGCAGAUCCUUCACUCAGACCACAUGGAGAUGGAGCCUGAAACGAUGGAGACCAAGUCGGUCACGGACUACUUUAGCAAACUGCACAUGGGGUCCGUGGUAUACUCCUGCACCAGCAAACGGAAAAGCAAGCUUGCAGAUGCAGAGAGCAAGGCGCCCCCCAGCGUCAAUUUGCCAGGGAAAAAACAGCAGGGGACCAAGACCCCAGAGCCUGAGGAGGAAGCCAAAGGGAAAUGUGGAGCCGGAGCUUCGAGAGACAGUCAACACCUGAGCACUUUCAACCUGGAGAGAACUGCCUUCCGCAAGGACAGCCAAAGAUGGUAUGUAGCCCCCGACGGAGCAGGUGUGGAGAAGGCUGGACUGGAAGCAGCCACGGGCAUUACCUUUCCCAGAGCUUCUGGCCUGGGCUCUCGGGAGACCGAAGUGAAGGAGGAAGGCGCUUCUGCAGUAGAAGCCAGUGACAUCACAGUCUGUGCAUCUUCAGCCAAAGACUUAGAAACCCCAGAGGAUGCUGAGCGGCCUCCCUGUGACCACCAGUCCAAGCUGCCCGAAGCUGAAGAAGGAGUGGCCCACCUUUGUGAUUACCAUUUGGCCAAGCGCAUGUCAUCGCUCCAAAGUGAGGGGCAUUUCUCUCUCCAGAGCUCCCAAGGCUCCUCGGUGGAUGCAGGCUGUGGCACGGGCAGCAGCAGCAGCACUUGUGCCACCCCAGUGGAGUCCCCACAAUGCCCCUCCAUGGGGAAACACCUGAUGCCAGAUGAGAGAGCCCAAGGGCUGCCCCCUCAUGGCGCCCCCUUCAAGGACCUGCACCCACAGACAGAAGGGAUGUGUCCACGGGGGCCAGUGCCUGCUCUGCACACAGCCAUUAAUACCGAACCCCUGUUUGGCACUUUGAGAGAUGGAUGUCAUCGGCUCCCCAAGAUUAAGGAAACCACAGCUUUGACAGAGCCUGGGAAGGAAGGACGAGGAGGCAUGCCUUCAGCUUGGUCGCAACAUCCCGAAGUUGAUCUCAUCCUGCUACCAUCAAAUAUCCACUUGGAAUCCAAGGUGCCAAUUCCAAAUCCAGACCCUCAUGAAUUCUCCCAAGCAAACGAGGCAUAUGGAGAGGCUGUGAGCUGGCAGUCACUGGAGCUGAGAUGGGGUAGCCAUCUCCGGACACCCCCCAGCCAGAGGUCUCUGAGACGGAGCAGUGGUAUCCUCUUGGGAUCGGUCAGUUUGGAGACCUUGCAAGACAGAGCCCAGGGUGUAGUCAGCUUCAAGUGUCCAGGGAUCACAGAAGCACAGGAGGCCCCUUCAGAGAGGCCAGCAGAGCUCCCUCUGGGGAAGAAGCUCACCAGAAAUUUUUCCCAAAGCUCCAUGCACAUUAGCAGCGAGGGAAAGGCUCCCAAAAGGCCCCACGGGGCUCACAAAAACUCCAAGUUGUAUAGAACAUUACCAUUGUGGAAGCUAGAAGGCAACACUUGGAGAUGCAGGGGACCUUUCAGCUACUGCUUUCAGAGUCAAGGGCAGGAGGAAGAAGGUGAGGAGGAAGAUGAGAAAAAAGAGGCCACUCACCAGGUCUCCUGCCUCUACCGCCCUCAGCUAAUUCAAGCCCAGUCUCAACUCACCAGCCUGCCCCUGGCUGUUGGGAGUCCGAAGCAAGGAGAGGAGCAGCCAGAAGGGUCCAAUGACAUGAACUUCAGCAGCCUGGCUUUUGAUGCUCAGAUUGCACGAAUAAAUGCCCUCAAGGAGAGCACAUAUGCAAUGCCCGAUGGGUUCCUUGCAGCCCAGAAUGAUGCCAAUGAGCUGCUCUGCCUUGUCAGGGCAACCAAGGGGAAGCGAGAGCAGCCCCAUCAGGAAGUGUAUGACCUGACGCUUUCUCAGUACAAGCAACUGUUAGCCAUUGAGUCCCGACAGCUGGGAAGUGCCUGCAGGAAGAUGGCAAUGGCCGAAAAAAGCCCCGAGGAGAUGCUCCUGGCUAUGACCUCCAGCUUUCAAGUGCUCUGUUGCCUAACGGAAGCUUGCAUGCGAUUAGUUAAAGUCGUGAACUCUGAGGUACAACGGCAGGAAAUCGUGGUGAAGAUUGACGAGGUUGUCAUCAACUACAUUUGCCUCCUGAAAGCUGCAGAGGCAGCCACCGGGAAGACUCCUGGGGAUGCCAACGUUGGACUCUCGUCGCGACAUUCAACCACCAUGGCCGCUCUCGUAAGCACACUAACACGUUCUCUCAAGAUGCUUUUAAAUAAAUAAAAGUCCAAAAGUCACGUUGUCAUAAUCUACCUUUGCAAAGCCAUACAUGAAUUUUUAUUUCCCUUCUGUGUACGAUGAACAGAUGUCUCCUUUCUUCUCUCUGUAUAUUUUGUUAUUUUAUAUAAAAUAGGAGAUAAAAGUCACACUGAUGAAAUGUGGAAAUGUACUAAUUCAUGUGUUCUGUUUAUAGUAGACAUAAAUAUACACACAUGUGAAAGAAGUUAACAAGAAAGUGAUGCCAUGUGGCUAUUUUUCAGAGUUGAAACUCCAGGUCUAUGCUGUGAAAUUCUAAUGUGUUCACACAAAACAAUCAAUCCUAUCCCCUCCUCUCCCAAGCAGAUACUUGGAAACUAUAUUGUUUGUAUAUUUAGAAGUGAAAAAAAGAAAGAAAAAAGUGUAUCCAAAACGCAAUUUAUGUUUUAAAAUUAUGAUUUUGAAGCACUGGAAAUAGCAAAACAACAUUUAAAAUUCAAAAAGCUAUUGUGAAUGAUUCGAGAAUAUAUAUAUAAUAAAUAAAUUUUGGGCUCAUAGUCUUUGGUCAUCCUAUGCUUUUUUCCAAGAAUCCUACCUAACUAGCACUCACAUAUGUUAUUUGGUCUAGAGAGGGGGUGGAGAUGGAUUCUGUUGUGUCAACACACAUGCUCUUUAUGGUAAAAUGGAAGUAACUCCUGUAUAGAAUGGGGGAAAGCAUGGCAGGUUCCUAGUUCCAGCAUAUCUUUAUUUCUUAAAAGGAAAGAAAUUAGUGACAUCAAAAUUCAGUUGUUUGAUGAAAGGAGAGAUCUGCUUUGACUAAAUGUCAAAUAUAUAUAGAUAUAUAUAUAAACCAAAGACCUUAUCUCCCUUCCCAACUCUACCCUGAAACUUAGAAUUCCCUUAAGAGUGACAAACAUUUAGUAAAGCACUUGUAAACUCGCAGAAAGAAACAUUUGACAAUCAUGAAAAGUCUGUGUAGAUGUAGUAAUAUGACGCAAAACACACACCAGCCUGUGAGCCCCAGUUGAGCUCCCAGCUCUCAGCACAGAGCCUCAUACCACCCCUCCUCCAUUGUGACCGACGCUGCCAACCAAAUUUACAAUUACAGCCUCAAAUUGGGACAAAAUCUCAAAUCUGGAAUGUGCCAGAAAAUCAGCAAGAGAUGUCUGCUCUAAUAUAGAAGCGAUGAGUAAAUUAAAAUAGUAAAAUAUUUGUCAAACAUUUCAAUCUGAUAGAAAUAUUGAAGCUAGGAAAACAAAACAAAACACAACUCAGAAGUGGUCACUUUGACCACUGAGAGAAUACAAGGAAGUUUUCUAAAAUAUCUGAGACAAAGCAAAACGAUGCAAGUUCUGCAGCUGUAAAAUCAAAUUGACAUGUACUUCUUAACCUAUUCAGUACCCAAGCACAAUUUAUGUGCGCCAAUACUCCUACUAAUAUCUAGCUGGUUGCUUUUUAGGAGGGGGCCAGGAAUAGGUAUUUUCAUUUUUUUUUGCCUACUGGGCAGGAGGCCUAACAGUCCACAGUGGCUUUCUCUUUCAUCAAUUGUUUCAUAGAGACUCAAUAACAGAAACUACACAUAUUUAUUGAUGGUAGCAAACAAAAGGAGUUAGAUGUGUAUUAUAAACUAUGUUUCAAUAAUGAACUAUUUUAUUAUGAUAAACAUUGGUGUGCUAUUGAGAAUAUAAAUGGUGUGUACUGUGGACAUUUUUUGCUAAAUAUUAUUCUGUGUACUAAAAUACUAACAAUAGGAUGUGUGUUCUAUGUCAGCUAAUGUGCUUAACAUCACACAUAUAUUAUCUCAUUUAAUCAUCCUAACAACCUUAUGGUUUGAACACUACCAUUACUUCUCUAUGUAGGCAAUAUGGUUUGGUAGUUAAGGACAUGGGGUCUGGGGUCAGAAACUUCUUUGUUUAAAUUUGGACUCUGCUAUUUUCUAGCCCUUCAUCUUGGGAAAGCUAAUACAUAUUUUUCUAAGUCACAAUUUCCUCAUUGUAAAAUGGACAUCAAUAAUAAGCUCUAUUUCCAUAGGGUUGUCAUGACUUUUCAGUAAUACUUAUGUAUGUAUGUAAAGCUAUCACAAUACCUGGCAGAGAGCAAAUACUCAAUGUUAGCUAUUAUUAUCAUAAGCAUUAUGUUCAAUAUAUUGCCCAAGAUAAUAUGUGGGGGAUGUUUGUUUUCUAUGCAUAUUGUAUCCUGCCUCUUUGUACAGAAUACAUUAUGUGUACUGCAUAUGUAUAAGCAAGUGUACAAGGAAGUGAUGAUUCAUGUUCCAAUCACAUGUCCAGUUAUAACCAAUUCCCAGCCCAUUCCAGUUCUUUGAAAAGCCUCAAUCAAAUAGCUCUGGCUCUUUCUAAUCAAUCUUCUUGACCUCUGGGGUGUUCCAAUAAGUUUCUGUUUCUUAUAAGUGGACUCUUUACUAUAUUGAAAACUCAAGGGACCCCAUUCACAAAGUGUUGGGCUCCUAAGUGGGGUCCAGGUUGCCUCGAGUAUAGGAAGAAUAUAUAAGAAUGAUCCUUGUGUUUAUUUUUAUCUAGCCUUUUUUAUGUUUGUGUAUGUUUUAUAAUGGCAUAAAAGUACAGUGGUAUAUGUACAUCAUUUUAAAUAAAUAAAGAAAUAAGCAUA